AUGGAAGCAGAUCAACCGAAGCACUGCGCCUUCAUGGGCGCCUCGGUGAUGGAUCUUAUCUCAUACGUCGAUCGUUUUCCCGUUCCCGGCGAAACACUGUCAGGGAAUGAAUUUCGCAAGGGCACCGGUGGCAAGGCCGCCAAUGCCUGCGUCAUGGCAGCUCGACUCGGCCUGAGCACGCGUAUCAUGGCCAAGAUCGGUCACGACACCUUUGGCGAGGAGAUGAUGAAGAACUUCCAGCAGCAGAACAUCGGUCACGACACCUUUGGCGAGGAGAUGAUGAAGAACUUCCAGCAGCAGAACGUCUGCACAGACUACCUCUUUAUCACCAAGGACGCCUUUACCAGUACCGCCUCCAUUACCGUCACUCGAAAAGGAGAGAACAACAUCGUCUACGUGCCCGGAGCGACGAAUCUACUGACACCGGAAGAGAUCACCGCCGCCGCAGAGAAGGGCCUCUUCAAGGACUGUCGCCUCUUUGUGAGCACCUUUGAGUGCACACCGCCCUCGCUGCACACUGCCCUCCAGUUAGCUCGCAAACACGGCGUGCCCACUCUAGUGAACGGCGCUCCGCCCUUUCCGAAGCCAAUGGAGAACAGUCACAUCUACCCGCUGUGCGACAUUCUGUGCGUCAACGAGACGGAGGCACACUUGAUGACGAAGCUGCGCGUGGACAGCAUCGACGACUGCCGCAUCGCCUGCAAGAUGAUCCUCGACAAGGGCUGCCGCUCGGUCAUUCUCACCAUGGGCGCCAACGGGGCCAUGUUUGUGAAUCGCAACCAGGCGCUGCACAUUCCCGUGCCGCAGAAGAUCGAGCCGGUGGACACGACGGGCGCCGGCGACUCCUUCAUGGGCGCACUGGCCUUCUUCAUCGUCCACUACAACCACCUGCCGAUUGAGGAGCAGAUCAAGCGGUGCAACCUCAUCGCCUCCUACACUGUCCUCCGACCGGGAACGCAGGAAUCCUAUCCUUACAAGAGCGAGCUGCCCAGUGAAAUUUUCAUGUGA